AUGUUGGAAGCCAUUGAAAAGAGUAAAGGAGAGGGGAUGGUUUCUCCUAACAAAGUCUCUUGCAGCUUCUGUUUCAGCCCUUUCGGCACGCCCAGUGGUCCUUAAUUCACUUGGACUCUCAUCACUUAAUGCAAUGGAUUCGAAAGGAAAUGAUGUGGAGCUGUAUGGCCUUCUUAUUAUGGGAAGCGAUCAAUAUCCGCAAUACAUACUACAGGGGGGCUCGGAACGCCCCUGGUCCGAGGAAUGGGAGAUUGAUUUUUCUAAACUUGAUAUCCAAAAAGUUGUUGCUCACGGGACUUAUAGAACUGUAUUCAAGGGAACAUAUGACAACCAAGCUGUAGCAGUGAAGAUAUUGGACUGGGGGGAUGGCCCUGUUUUGAGGGAAUUUUUUCGGCAAAGAGUUGAUGUUUGGCACAAGCUUCACCAUCCUAAUGUUACAAAAUUUGUUGGGGCUUCAACAAAAGCUAGAAAUCUUCAGAUUCCUUCAAAACUCUCUUCAAUGGAUCAUCAAAGCUCCAUUUCACCUACGACUUGUUGUGUUGUUGUUGAGUAUCUUCCUGGUGGGACAUUAAUAGAGUUUUUGAUUAGGAACAGGAAAAGGAAACUCCCCUUUAAGGAUGCCAUUCAAUUAGCUUUGGAUCUCUCUAGAGGGCUUAGCUAUCUACACUCCAACAAGAUUAUGCAUCAUGAUGUCAGAACUGUAAAUAUGUUGAUAGAUGCCCACAGAACCCUUAAAAUUGCUGAUAUUGGAGCUGCUCGUGUUAAAGCUUGGAAUCCAAGAGAUAUGAAUGGAAAAACUGGUACCGUUGAAUACAUGGCCCCAGAGAUUCUUAAAGGGAAACCGUACAAUAUAACAUGUGAUGUCUAUAGCUUCGGCAUUUGCUUGUGGGAAAUUUACUGCUGCGCCAUGCCAUACCCCAAUCUUAGUUUCGCUGACAUAUCAUCUGGAGUUGUUCAUCAGAAUCUGCGACCCAUUAUUCCGGAGUGCUGCCCAAAUUCUCUGGCAAACGUGAUGAGGAAAUGCUGGGAUGGCAACCCAUCCGAACGCCCUGCAAUGCAUGAGGUUGGCGAAAUGUUGGAAGCUAUUGAUACGAGUCAGGGAGGGGGAAUGGUUUCUCCUGACCAAGUUCCUCGCAGCUUCUGUUUUAGGCCUUCUGGCUCGUCUCCUGGUCCGUAGUUUCACUAUGUGUACUCUCAUCACUUAAUGAUGUAGAAAUAAAGGAGAGCCAAAACUAUGCUGGUUUGUGUUUCUUUUGUGCUUUGUGGUGUGAAAUUUGCUCUCACGUUGUGAUUGCAGUUAUCAAUCUGUCUUUGUUUCAGACUA